GUCAUGGCAGAGCUGGAGCUCAGGGACCAGGAGACUGGCAGGGCUGCCACCGAGGGCUUGAGAAGCUGAGCACGGGGGGCUGACACUAGUGACUUAACUUGGAAAGAUUCUCAGCUCUACUAGAAAAUAAACGGAACCUGUGGCUGCGGGCCACUCCCGGGAACCUUCUUUAGCUGUGCCCACUCUGCCGCGGUCCGGGUCCUCAUGUGGCUUCUCCUUUGACAGGUACCUUGGGAACUGAUGCUGAGCUGAUCCAAGAUGCCACCGGUGCCCCUGGAGGGGGUCUGCUUUCUGGAGACUCCAAGGCAGCCGUGGAGAAGCCCUUAGAGAGCGUCCGCUCUAACAGCAGGGACGCUCUUGGCUCCUGUCAGGAAGGGGCUCAGGGGCCUGAGCAGGGCCAGCUGCACUGCAGCUAUGGACCGUGAGCUGGCCCGGCCCGCGUCCUUGCCGACUCUGUCUGUCUGCGGCCAUGCCCACCAUGGGCUCCUCAGUGUACAUCGUGGUGGAGCUGGCCAUUGCUGUGCUGGCCGUUUUGGGCAAUGUGCUGGUGUGCUGGGCUGUGUGGCUAAACAGCAACCUGCAGAAUGUCACCAACUACUUUGUGGUGUCACUGGCGGCAGCCGACAUUGCGGUGGGAGUCCUUGCCAUCCCCUUUGCCAUCACCAUCAGCAUAGGGUUCUGUGCCGCCUGCCACAGCUGCCUCUUCUUCGCCUGCUUUGUCCUGGUCCUCACACAGAGCUCCAUCUUCAGCCUCCUGGCCAUCGCCAUUGACCGCUACAUUGCCAUCCGCAUCCCACUCCGGUACAAUGGCUUGGUGACCGGCGCGAGGGCCAAGGGCAUCAUUGCUAUCUGCUGGGUGCUGUCCUUUGCCAUCGGCCUGACGCCCAUGCUGGGCUGGAACAAUUGCAGUCAGCUGAAGGACAGGAACCACUCGCAGGAAUUUUUUUUAUGCGAGGAAGGCCAGGUGGCCUGUCUCUUUGAGGACGUGGUCCCCAUGAACUAUAUGGUGUACUACAACUUCUUCGCUUGUGUCCUGGUGCCCCUACUGCUCAUGCUGGGUGUCUACCUGCGCAUCUUCCUGGCAGCCCGGCGGCAGCUGAAGCAGAUGGAGAGCCAGCCUCUGCCAGGGGAGCGGACUCGGUCCACGCUGCAGAAGGAGGUCCAUGCGGCCAAGUCGCUGGCCAUCAUCGUGGGGCUCUUCGCCCUCUGCUGGCUGCCCCUGCACAUCAUCAACUGCUUCACCUUCUUCUGCCAGGAGUGCAGCCAUGCCCCGCCCUGGCUCAUGUACCUGGCCAUCGUCCUCUCCCACUCCAAUUCUGUGGUGAAUCCCUUCAUCUACGCCUACCGCAUUCGCGAGUUCCGCCAGACCUUCCGCAAGAUCAUUCGCAGCCACAUCCUGAGGCAGCACGAGCCCUUCAAGGCAGGUGGCACCAGUGCCCGGGCCUUGGCAGCUCAUGGCAGUGAUGGAGAGCAGAUCAGCCUCCGCCUCAAUGGCCACCCUUCUGGGGUGUGGGCCAAUGGCAGCGCCCCCAAUCCUGAACGGCGGCCCAAUGGCUAUGCCCUGGGGCUGGUGAGUGGAGAGGGUGCCCACGAGUCCCAUGGAGACACGGGCCUCCCGGACAUGGAGCUCCUCAGCCAUGAGCUCAGGGGAGCGAGCCCAGAAUCCCCCGGCUUUGACGGCCCCCUGGCCCAGGAUGGAGCAGGAGUGUCCUGACGAGCCACGGAGUUUGCCCCUCCCUAAAGGAAGGAAAUCUUUAUUUCUAGUUGACGGGACCAGUCACGUUGGGAGAAGAGCGAGUGAGCUGGGGGACCCUUCCUGUGGCUGGUUCCCACUUUGGACUGAAGAGGGAGCCUUGGCUGGCACAGCAUGAGGCCCAGCAGGAAGGGUUUGGAGUCCGACGAAGCGGACAUUUCAUGCUGGGAGACCCGACAUCAGGCCAAGGCCACAGCACCAGAGCAUCUUGGCUGGGCAGGGCCCAGUCCCCACUCCAGAAGCAUCCAGAAGUGCCACCUGGUCUUCACAGAGCAGCUGUAGCAGAGCAGGCUGGCUGGCCCUGAGGCUGGGGAGUGCCCCCCACACACCAGCCUCCCCAGACUUUCCAAGGAUUCUGGAGCUGCUGUGCCCGGAGGCGGCAUUUAUAUUUUCUAGAGAAAACAUAAGUGUGAGGAUGUCCUUUUUAUUUUAUUAUUUCCCCUCCCUGGCUGCAGGGUCUAUUGUCCUGGCACCAGGAGUUGGCCCAGGGAGUCUCAGGCAGCCCUUUCCCGCUGCUGUGAGCUGCCAUGUGCUUCUUACAUCAUCGGUCCUAGGGCCAUCUCUUGGGUGACGAAGCUGGGCUCGAGGAUGCACGGAGCCAUAACGGAGUGGUGCCAGGGUGUGGCUUAAGAGAGGAAGCUGGGGCUGGCCGGCCAGGGGGGCGGGCCUGGGUACCUCAGGAGAGGCCCUAUCUAACUGCCUUUUCUUCUGAAGGGAAUGGUUGUUUUUUUGUUUGUUUUUGUUUUUGUUUUUUUCCUGAUAAAAUAAAAAUGAGCCAUGU